AUGCCACAGCAGCCUAGUUCUCCCAGCGACCUGAUCCACAACGACGCCGUCACCGGUAGCGCAGAGAGCGACGGUGCCGACACCACGCCCGAUGGUCGCAAAGGAUACGGAAAACGGGAACUGAGCACCAGCAAGAGAGCUGCUCAGAACCGAGCGGCGCAGCGAGCCUUUCGACAACGAAAAGAGGGCUACAUCAAGAAGCUCGAGGAACAGGUGCGAGACUACCAGGCCUUGAGCGAAAACUUCAAGGUCGUGCAAGCCGAAAACUACCAACUUCGAGACUACGUCAUCAAUCUUCAAUCCCGACUCCUGGAGUCUCAGGGCGAGGUCCCUCCUCCGCCCAGCAAUGUCGAUGGCCUGCAACCGGGCAAGGCCGGGCUUCCUCAACCGCCAGGCUCACUCCCCCGAUUAUCGGAACUGGGUGCGGUGGCACAGGCUCAGGCUCAGGAAGGCCUACAUCACGAUCCUCACCGUGCCAGUGCCUACCCUGAGCCAGCCUAUUCUGAUCCCCCGGCUACAAAACGACCUCGGACAGGGUCCGCUGAAAUGACGCCCUCACAAGCAGCACUGCAAGGAGCUGCCAUCCUGUCUCAACCAUCUGCGGGAGCUCGUUGA